CCAACCCACCUUCCUGCUUUGCUGGAUCAAGUUCCAGACACAACGACAGCAGCUAAGUUUGAAAGCCCGAGAGCCAUGCCAGCACAGUCGCCUCCCAGCUAUUCCCCAACCUAACCGCCAUUUAGGCAGGCUGUAGUGGUGUCUACUUAUCAAAUUUAUAUCGGAGUUUGCGAGGUGUCCAAUAAUCAGUCAUUUUGACGAGGUAGUCCUGCCAGACCUGCGUCGGUCCUUCUGUUCAGUCGAUUCUCCUUCCAAGGCAGCAUGGGGGCCCUAAUAUCUAGACUCUGGUUUCUCAUGUUCCCGGCGAAGGAGUAUAAGAUUGUGGUUGUUGGUCUGGACAACGCCGGCAAGACGACGACCCUUUACAAGCUACAUCUGGGUGAGGUCGUGGUGACACAACCCACAGUCGGAAGCAACGUGGAGGAACUCGUCUACAAAAACAUACGAUUUGAGGUGUGGGAUCUAGGUGGGCAAGAGCGACUACGACCAUCUUGGGCGACCUACUACAGAGGCACUCACGCAGUGGUGAUGGUGGUUGACUCCACAGACCGGGGCCGCAUUGGUGUGACCAAGGAUGAGCUGUUUCGCUUGCUGGGGCAUGAAGACUUGGCUCAUGCCGUCAUUCUCGUCUUCGCCAACAAGCAGGACCUGAAGGAGGCCAUGACUCCAGCGGAAAUAAGUGAAGCGUUGGCUCUUCACCUUAUCAAGAAUCAUGACUGGCAUAUUCAGGCAUGCUGUGCACUUACAGGGGAGGGCCUGUUUGAGGGGCUUGGGUGGAUUGCCCAACAUGUAACUGGUAACCGAGAUGCAGUUUUAGCAUGACAGAUUUUCAGUUGACAUCAGUCAGCAAGCAUAGUGUAGUGCAGUUUUAGUUUCUUACACUCCCCUUUGACACGAUUCCCUUAUAAUUCCUUUGAUGCUUCUCACAUUGCAUACAUACAGCUACACGAGCUGCUAAUGAAAUUCCUGUCUUUGGGGCCCUAUACGAUCGUCACGUCACUCUCGUCACAUCUUUUGGAAUGCAGGGAUUGCUCCGUCGUGCAGUCAACUCGUUACAAGACCCAGCAGAGCAGGGUUCCCCCCGCUCAGGCAACACCACCCUGCCACCCUUCAAAAACCCCCAACCUCCUAUUUCCCCCAAACCUUUCACAUGGAACCCUAAUUCUGAGACACCACUCACCAGUUCCGCUACCACUUCGCGCAGCCAUGUCGCACCCCCUUACACCUGGGAAGCCUUACAAGGCCCGAGCAUCCCUUCCUCCAAAAUCAACCCCCACGGACCGCCUCAAGGCUGCUCGUCAGCGCUCGCUUCUCCGCAGCGAGAUGGGUGUGCUACGCUCCCGCCAGAAGCGAAACGCCUCUCGCCCGUUCGCUUCCCCAGGCAGCGCGCUACCCUCCUCUUCCGCAGGCGCGUCGGGAUCGUCAGCCAUGAAGCGGUGGCUGCGGCAGGAGCGCGAUAACGACGGCAGCCGCGCUCUGAUGGCGGGGAGUGCCAUGGCGGGAGAGGAAGACGCGGGCAGUACGAUGGGCGACGACGCCGCGUGCUUGGCUGACGUGGACAGGGUUGGCGAGGAGGGGGAAGGUGCAGCGGAGGAGGAAGGCGGGGAGAGGAUAAGCGAAGGCGCAAGGAAGCGACGACGGCUUGACGGGCAAUUGCUGGCCAUCGCGGCGUCUCCGCGAGGGCAGGCGGAAGGAAAUGCUGAAGGCGGUAGCAGGAGGGACAGUUUAGUCCGGCGACUAUGGCCGGGCAGCGGUGGCGAGGAGGGUUCGGGGGGAGGAGGAGUGGGAGAAAGAGACGACAACGGUAAAGGGCGCAGAGACCAGGCUACAGCCGCCUCCGAUAGGAACGAACCGUCGGACCUUAGGACGGAAAACGAGCACGAUUAUAGCGCGGACUGGGGAAUUGUGAAGGUUGACGAUGUCCCGGAAGAGUCUCCCGCGAGCGAUCUGCAGCUGGUGCUGCUAAACCCGCGCGAGGCUCGGCGCGCAGGAAUGGUGGAGGAGGACGCGCGGCGAUGGCUGGCGGAGUUGAAGCAAACGGAAAGGCGGCUGCCGACAGCGCUCCGGCACCGGCCCCAGGAGAUGCUGGAGUGGGUGGCGGAGCGGCACGGCGCCGGCGGUAACAGCAGCACCCUGCCGUAUUUCCGGCGGCGGCUGCGCAUGUGGCGGUUCCUGGAGUUUCUGAGCGAUUACCCUGCGGAGGCGAGAGGGGUGGAGUGCGUUGAGGCGUGGUGCCAGGCGAUGGUGAGGCAGGAGGAGGAGGAGCAGGGGCGCAUGCUGGGGUCGUGGGAGAGUGAUGAAGAGGCGGGGGACGAGGAAGAUCUGGAUGACGAUGACUGGGGGAACGAGGAGGAGGAGAAGGCGGAUGAGAGGGGAGAGGAGAAGAGGGGGGAGGAGCAGCAUGCGGCUGGUGUGGGGGGAGAGGAUGGGGAGAGGGAGAGGGGUGAAGACGAAGAAAGCUCUGGUGAUUUCAGAGAGAAGCACAACCAGAGCAAGGCCGGACACAGAGGGAGUGGCAGUGCCAGAAGCGCUGGUGCUGAUGGUGGUGGUAGUGGUGGUGCGACUGGCGAUGAUACUGCUGGUGCGACUGGCGGCGGCAGCGGUACAGGCGGCUGCGGAGGAGGAGGGGUGCCGUGGUGGGUGGCGUGGCACGGGCAGCUCUCGCACCCUUCCGUGGCCUCUCGUCGCAGGCUGCUGACGCGCGACCUGGAGUGCCAGUUUGCCUCGCGCGGGCCCACCGGGCGCUACAGCGAGCUGCCUACGUACUUCCGGUGCGAGGGCGGCGAGCGCAGGCAGCUCGCGAUCCCCCUCUCCCGCAUGCUGCAGCAGCAGCGGCAGCUAGCAAUGCUCAGGGAGAGGGACGCGCAGGAGCGGGUUGCGGAGAAAAGGGGGGAAACGGGAGGAGGGGGAGCUGGGGCAGGGAUCGUGGGAGUUGGUGACGCGGACUUGUCUUUGGCACUGGUGGUGGCAGGGGGUGGGACAGGAAAGGGUGAAGCAGCAGGAGGUGGAAGGGGAUUGAAGGGGAAAAGGGGGGGACGGGGAGGGCGAAGGAAGGAAGGCGAGCAGGGAAGGAAGCACCCAGUUCUUCAGAAGGAGCAGACACAGGCAGUAGGGCAAGAGGGUCACGGCAUGUGGUAUGGCGGAACAGGGCGAGCAGUAGGGCUGGGCACAGCAGCGGAAGAAGCCCAGUUGUUCGCGCCUAUCCCUGUGUCAGCAGACGAGGUGUUGUGCAACGCCCCUGGGUGCCGGUGGGGCGUGCCCAUGCUCGCACUGCCGUGGCUCAAGUGCGAGAAGCACUGGGACAAGAUGCACGGGGGCGGGGAGAGUGGCAGGAGUGACGGCAGGGCUGGGAAUGCGCCGCGGGUGGUGAGGCGAGAGGUGGCGGCGGAGAAGCUGGUGGAGACACGCGAGGAGUGGGAGAGGGCCACUCGGGACAGCAGAGACCAUGUGGUGAGCUUGCAGCACAUAGUCUCUGCUUUCCUUCCUCACAGAUUUUUCCCUUUUCCUCACUCUCUCCAUCUCCGGUCACCUGCCCUGCCCUUGUCUCUGCGUUUUCUCGCCGUUCACUCACAUGCGCAUGUCUCGCCUCUUGUCUCUCCUCCCAUCCCCGGUAUCUCCAAUAUCGCCCCUCGUCUUUGCAUGUUGUCAUGGGUGUGCAGCGACUGCUGUCUGCCAUACAGCAGGUGGCAUCAGAGCAAGUGGCGCUGCUGGCUCGCAUUGACUCCAGAGCAGCAGCAUCGCUCAUCGGCCUCCUGGAUCCAAGCCACCUGCGAGAAAUUGGUUCGCCACGUUGCUUAAUCUCCCUGCUUCCCCCUCUGUCUCCCUCACCCAAUCUUGUGGCUCCGUUUCAUGCAUGCUGUUGCUGCUGCUCACAUACUACCCUGGUUAGUCCCCUGUGCACCUGUUGAACCGUCUCGUUCUGAUGCUCUCUGAGCCCAUACUCCUUUCCCUUGUUGCACAUGCCUUCCCAUUUUUGCACAGCCUCUGCGGUCCUCUCAUACGCGUCACAGCGCUUUCAAAGUCGUGCCACAGCAGACGCUGCAGCAGCGCCCACCGAUGCAGCAGCAGCAGUCGUUACAGUGGCAGCAGCAGCAGCAGAGGGGAGGGCGGCUGCCACAGGGGCUGCUGGGAAUGCCGUCGUUCGGGAAAGGAGCACCGGAGUGCGGUCUGUUGGUGGGGCAGCAGGGGCGAGAAGCCCUGCUCAACUCAGGGGCAGUGGCAGGAGGGGGGGAGGAAUGCAUGUGAGGAAGUAGCCUAGGAGGAAAUGGCAUGGGAUGGGACGUGAGAGAUCACGACAGCUGGUGAGGAUGGGCUGAGAAGAUGAGAGACAACAGCAAGGCGGGGUUGUGGGUGAGGGAAGCUUCAGAGAGCAAACCAUGUGGAGAUAGCAAAGAAGGAAAGAAGGUGAGGGUGUGGGGAGGAGCAGGAGAGGGAAAAGCUGAACUAGUGGUCAUGGACUUGGAUGAGCAGGAGUGUGAAUCGAGGGUGUGAUUCGGAAAAGGGCUUAGGAAGGCAGGUUAGGUUAGAACGAGCAUGGCCCUAAAGCGACGUGUAAUGCUUGAUAAGUUUAUUCAUUGUUAGUGAGAUAGUGAACAUGUGCAGUAGCAUGCUAGCCUUGCUUGAAGUGCAUUCUAUAGAUCUUGAAAAGUUGGAAGGCUGGAGCUUAGCUUAGGGAAAAGCGUUUG